UGUGCAUACAAAGAUCGGCCCGAAAAUAGGAGGGUGAUCUCGUAGUCUGUUUCGAUCGAUGACCAUAUGCCAUUCCAUUUUGGGGCCUACAGACCCCGAGUCAUUGUUAUUUUACGUAUAUAAAUUAGAGGGAUAUGCAGGAUCCCGAACAUUCGAGAUCACGUCGAAACGGGGCGGAAUAGUUCGAACGAGAUCGAGGGAUAUCUCGAUUACAUCGAAUCAAAUUACGAAUCGCAGCUAGUUGUAAUUUCGGUAUUUUGAGUUUCGAAUGAACCCGAUAAAAGUAGGAUUGCCUUUAAUUUCCGGAAAUCGGAAAUCAAGCUGUAUAACCUAUCCUGAAAUUCGGAUUAUCGAGUGUCGAUUCCAUUCGGACACUUCCAGCAUAUAAAUUAUACAUCUACACGUACAACAAAUUUAUCGUUUAAUAUCGGUUAAUCGAUAUAACACGAUACUAAAAUAACACUAACGAUGCUAAAAUAAUGCAAUACAAGCAUAAUAGAAACUGCUCGUGAUCUAUCGGAGAAGUUAAAGAAAGAUAAGACGAAGAAUUAAACUUUUACCGAUAAACGAUGUCUGGCAAAUUCUAGCAGAAUUCGGAAUUGUACCCAGAUCCUGAUCCAAUUUCAUCCAAUCGUCUAACCCAUCGAAAUAGGAUGUAUAGGAAAGGAAGUGUACACCAUAGGUACUAUCGGAUAUGCAUGUACUACCUCCAUUCAACACCAGUCGCGUCAUCGGAAUUUAAAGAAACAUGAUUAUUAACACGUUUUGGUAAUAAAAUAUGUUGAAAAUAAUUUUAUUAACAUUGUUACACUAUUUCGCAGCGAUAUAGUAAUCCAUUAAAAAAUAAAAGAUUAUAAUUCGUUGGGAACGUCGAAAGGAAUAUCGUACAAUACAUUCCAUGUACAUAAUUUUACAACGUGUACGACAAAUAUUCGUAUCGUUUGAUUUUCGAUUUCGAUCGAUUCGAAUCUUAAUUAUGCUCGUUAUUUGUUGACGUUUAUACGUAUGUUUGUAUACACGUAUAAUCAACGUCCCGUAAUUGCCGUCGUAAGUCGAUCACAGUUCUCAUAGAGAAACUUUCAUUAGCGAACGGACGAAUCAGUCCGAGAUCAUUACGGAAACAUGGUGUCGUUGCAAAUUCUACUUCUCUUCGGUUAUGUCUCAUUUGUCUUGACGCAAGUUUCGACGGACGAUUUUUUGGACGAACAAUUGAAGAAGACAAAAACCGAAAUAGCUAAACUUUGUUUUCGCGAUGAACAACCAGUCGAAAGAAAAGUGUACAACGUGAGCUGGGAUAAAUUAUGGCAGCAGAAUUUCGAUAAAGAACAGCUAUUCACGGUAAACGCAUUCAACAGGAUCCUCCUGAUCGAAGGAAAUCGUGUGCUAACGUUGCUUUUCGACACACCUCCGUCGAAUCGAACGUUCUCGCAGCAAAUAAUGUUAGCUGGUACCGAUAGCUCUACAAAAUUCGUCAAAAGCAUCGUUUGGAAGAACGUGUUAUAUCUUUUAAUUUGUCGCACAACUGGAUCGUGUAGUUUGUACACGGGAACGGAAGCAGAAGCGGGAACGGAUAAUUUUCAAUUAAGACACCGACAAUCGAUUCAGCACAAAGGAUAUCCCAUGGACGCCAGCUUUUUCGUUCGUGCGAAUCGUCUCUAUCUAGUAGUAGCUGAUAAUUCUGGCAAAUUUACUGUGCCUUCCUUAAUAUAUCAUUGGAGAGGAACGUACAUGGACGUAGUGGCAGAAAUAAUGACUACCGCUGCAAUAUCAGUUACAACGUUCAGGCACAAGCAAUCGACGAUCAUAGUUUUCGCGCAGAACGAUAAAAAUAUGCCCAAUAUUGGAUCCAUGGUGUACGAAUUUAAAGAAGACAGCCUCGAUAGAAUACAAUUUCUCGAUACAUUAAAUCCUGUUGCGAUAUAUCAUUAUAAUCAUGCUGAUUUCAAUUUCAUUUUUCUUACCAACGAACGUAGUCCGAGUAACUUGUUUUGGUGGGACGGGCAUGAAUUGUUGAACUGGGUGCAAAUUCCAGAAAUCAAAGAAUGCGAUUUAUUCCACGAUGCGAACAUCGAAGACGAGACAUUUUUCUUAGUCGGUUGUAAUAACACUUUACGAUUGUACAAAUUUGAAAAUGCAUCGCAUCCGAACUUGGUGACUUCCAUAAAGCUAUCGCAUGCAAAUAGAGUUAUCGACGUACAAAUUGAAAUCGAAAAAUCCACGAUAACUAUGUUGGUGGUCAUCGUUAACAAAAAUGACAUUUACGUUAUCCAAUCAUGGAAGUUACGCGUGGAUGAAAUUCCUGGAGAUUAUUCGACAAAGGAGUACGAUAUGUUAUCGAAGCAUCUGGCAAAGCUGAUCGAAAUAUUGCAAGAAAGAAAACCGAUCGUAGACAAUUAUCAAUCGUUGUGGCCCUCCUUAUUACCGGUCGAUAAAGACUUAGCGAUAACACAGCCGCUGAUGUUACCAACAUUGAUUCUAGAUUCAGGGACUAUAGGGAACAUCGACGUCUCCGUCACGGAAAACGUAAUCGUGCCUAGUGAACUUGAAGAAAAUAUAAAAAAUCUUACUCACGAUGUCAACGAUAUUUUAACGAGAUCGAAAACUCUUCCAACGUUGAAUAACAGAAAUUUAUCCGAUAAAAACAUCGUUGUCGAUGGUGAUGCGUUUAUCGAAUCGUUGAGAAUCGAUGCGAUGAAUGUGGAUUUUUUCAACGACUUCGAUACGCAUUCGAACGACAUCAUCGAUUCGAAUGAAACCGAGGAAUCCUCGUUACGUGGAAAUAACAUUAUUAUCGAGAACAUUGAAAUAAAAUCGCUUUGCGGAAUUCCAUAUCAACAUUGGGUACUAAAUAACGACACGUCAAGACUAGCGAUAGACAUUGCAGCGGACAAGGCUGUAUUUUCAAAUGACACGGUAGUCUUGCAUUCGAACAUCUCGACGAAAAAUUUCAACGCGAUAACAUUGAACAAUAUUAAUUUAGACGAAUUCUUCGGCGAGUUAUUUAUCAUCGAUAAAAAUCAAAAGAUUAAAGGUGAUGUUAUCUACAACGAUAUGUUACAAAUUCAGUACGUUACGAUGCAAACGUUAAACGGAGAACCAUUUCAUAAUUACAUGACUACAAGUACCGAUCAAUAUUUCGAUUCUUUUACUAUAAAAUCAUUCGAGCUGAACAAAUUGCACGCGAUUUCGAUAAAUAGUGUUCCAGUUUCAGAAGCGGCACGAAUUUCCAAUAAGAAUGUAAUCAAAGGCAAAGUGAAAAUCGCAAGAUUACAAGUUACGGGCAAGCUAACAGCGGAUUCACAUUUCGGAUUACCCGAAGCUCAACAUCAAAUUUACUACAACGUUACCGUUAAUGGCAACGCGAAGAUUGCGACUCUCGACGUAGAUAAACAUACAACAAUAUUUCUGAACAACGAAGAAUUUAAAUUGAACAACAUCUCAAAAACAUUGUGGACGAAAUCAACCGAUCAAACCAUCGAAAACAGCGUCGCAUUCGAGAACAACAUCACCGUCGAUCGUCUGCAGACGAAGUAUUUAAACGGAUUCACGGGGGAUGAAUUCUUGUACACGAACGCGACGACGAUUCCACAGACUUUCAAGAAACUACACUUUGAAAAUGUUCACGUAGAGGACACGGUAUUAACGAAACAAGAGAACAAUAGCAUUUUCCAAGUUGCUCCCGAAUCGCUGUCUAUUCAAAAGAAAUUAUCCAUUAAACAGUUGCAUACAAAUCAAUUGUUUACCGAAAUUUACAAUGAUUUUCUCAUUACCGAUAUAUCGAACGGAAAACUAUCGAAUUUUUCACGAACGACCAAUUUUCCUACGGUUCGAGCGAAACGAGUCAACGCAAAGGAGUUACGGUUCCACUUCUUCAACGAUACGGAUAGCGCAACUUUCUUACGAGGCGCAAACAAUUCUGAGAAAGAUGGAAAAACAACAUUUCUCAAGGCGCCAGAGUUUCAUGUCGAAAAUCUAAACGUUGAAAAAAUCAACGAUAUUAGUAUGAAGAUAUUUACGAAGAAUAUACAGAUAUCCGAUUUAAAAGACUUGGUAAUAGACGAUGAUCUGACGGUGAACGGUAACAUUGAAAUCGAUCGAAUCGACGAUCAAUCGGCAAUAACUUACCUGAGAAAUAUGGUAAAAGGAGAUAUCGUGUUUACAAGAAAAUUAACAGUAGACGAGUUAACUGUUCGGAACGCUACUCUAGAAUCAUUGCACGGCUACAACUCGAAAGAUCUGUUUGACGGUGUUUUUUCCAAAUCCCGGGAACAAGUGGUGCCCGGAAAUUUCUCAUUCUACAAGAUCGUUACCAAAAACGUUGAAAGCAAAUUCGUCAACGAGAAAAACACUUCUGAAUCGAUGUGGAUCGAUAAACCUUUGUUUUUAACGGGAAAUAUCACGUUCGAGGAUUUGAUCGUAGAAGGAGACGUUGCAACAAAGACAUUAAAUGGUCGUGAUGUUAACGAGCUAUACAAUAGCCCGUUGAACUUGCCAGUGUCAAACAUCGAUACGUUGGAAGUAGACGGAAACGUUUCUUGGAUCUCUUAUUCUUCAUUGAAGCGUUCGCCUUCUUUAACUUUUCUCUUGGAAAAUGGAAUGACCAAAAGUACCGAUCAAGCCGUACUAGGAGAGGUCGUUUUCGAGAACGAUGCGUCGGCAUCAAGAGUAGAAGGGACGAUUAAAGAUAUAGACGAAAUACGCGAUAUCGUAGAACAUACCGUGCAAGACGAUGAUGACAUUAUUCAAGUAGACAGUGUCAAGAUUUUUAACAAGAUCGUUACUAUCGAUAAUUUGUUGGUAACCGGCGGAACGAAUAUUUCUAUAAUUAAUAAUAUCAGCAUUAUCGAAUUCAACAACUCUGUGGCGAAGAAAGAUGAAAGCGUGACGAUAACGAAGCCCAUCAGUUUCCGAGACGAAGUAACGAUCGAUGAAGUUCUCGUCGACGAUAAUGUCGAUAACGUUCCUUUGGAAGGAUUAACCUUAGCAACCGAUACGUUGCCCAGAGUUACGUUCAAGAAUCUUAUCGUGUCGGAGGAUGUAUCCUUGAAAAAUCUAGACGGAGUAGAUUUCGACAAAUUCAUGAAAAAUCGUAUAACUACCGACAAAGAUCACGAAAUAUUUAUCGAUGUACAAUUCAACGAUAUCAUCGAAGUAACAGGAAACGCGACUGUGACGCAAAUCAACGGCAUUGAUCCUUCGGAUCUGAUCUUGAACGGAAUGCAAGAAACGCAGUUGAUAUCCGGCUCAAAGAUUUUCGAGGAAGAUGUCGUGGUACAGGGUAACAUCAAUACAAAAUUGAUCAAUAACAUGGAUAUAUCUUCGGAAUACAAGAGUGGUAUACAAACGGACGAAGACGUCGAAAUAAUCGGAGAUUUGGUUUUCACGUCAACCGUUAACGUUCCAAAAAACGUGUACGUUUCAAAACUGAUAAACGGGAUAUAUUUGCACACCGUUCUCGCUGAUUCGGAAAAAAUAGUCGAGAAAACCGUGCAAACGUUCGAACGAAAUGAAAGCGCACGAAACGAGAAAAUUCGAGAGUCCGCAUUAAUAUCUUCGAGCAUGGGAAAUAUUUUUUCCUAUAUCGAAGAAGAAGAUCGAUUGAAAAUCCAAGUACCAAACGUUAAGAAAGUCGAUAUCGUUUAUUACGAAAAAACAACAAAAUUGAAUAUGUUCGGAGAAGAACCAGGAUCAUCUUGCGGACUUCCCGAUAACUGUUCUUGUCCUACGCAAUACGUUGCUGAACUUACCAACGAUGGAUGUCGUAUUCGUAAAACGAACGGUACCAUAAUUGUACGAAAUUAUCACGAAUCGCGCAACGCAUUCGGCGUGAACGUGAUAACGAAUACGAUAGGAAACAAUCGAGAUUGCGUUAGAAACAAAAGCGAGGAUGAAUUUAUCACGAUUUCCUGGAUGAAAUUUCAAUUAAUCGAUACAGGAGACGUUUUAGCUAACACGGGUGAAUCGUCUCCACGGAUUCAUGGCUUUAUAAAGGAUGCAAAAGUUUUUGCGACACACGAAAAUGCAGCUUUUGUCGUAUUGGCAAUCGACUACGAUACGUUAUUCGCGACAGGUCGCGCAAGUUCCUUAAUCUAUAAAAUUGAUUUAGAGAAGAAUUCGUUGUCGUUACAACAGGAAUUGCACACCGAUGGCGCCUCGGCUAUCGAAAUCUUUCAAACAAAUCAUCACGAUGUAUAUCUUCUCGUAGGAUGCUUCGGAAAGUCGGAAAAAUCUUUUCUUUACAAGUUAAACACCCUUACAUCCGAAUUUACAACGGUCCGAACAUUCGGAGGUAAAACACGUAACGCAAAAAGUCUACGUCGAGAAGAGGAUCAUUUCAUUUUACUGGACGAUUACGAUACGAGCGCUGUAAAUAUCUUCCAUUAUGAUUCGGAAUAUGAUAAUUUUUACAAUUACCAAAGCCUGUUUCAUGAUUCGCCGAUCGAAGGAAUAGAAAUUUUCUACUCGGGUGAGCACGGUGAAAGCGAUUCUUUCGUUAUCGUCACAACGAUCAACGAUCAAUUUUACAUUUACAAAUAUACGUAUGCUCAGAAAUUUCAGAUGAAAUCUCAUCAUCGAAUAGAUGAUUUGCAAAGUGUAUCACCAUUUAAGUAUUUAGGAAAUAGUUAUGUUUUCGUCGGUACUAGUGGAAACAGUACGAUAUUGAGAAUCGUACAACAAGGACCACGCUAACGUUUCGAUAAAUCUGUUUGUUUAGAACGUUCGCUUUAAGAAAUAUAUUGUAUCCGCAUUUGUCGCGGAAGGAUAAAUCAAUCCGUGUUCUUAAUCAUUUAUUCGUAUGCAAGAGAAAUGACUUUCUCUCGAUCCAAAACUUAUACAGCAUGUUUCCUCGUAAAUCGUAGUAACAAUAUUUGCAACGUAAGAGUAUAUUUAGACAGCGAAUGGUUAUAUCGUUUGUUGCAUUCAACUUCUGGCCAAUAAUACUUUUGCGAAUAAAAUGCAAUGUAUUGUACGUAAAUACGCCGCUUCAAACGAUUUUAUUUCGAAGCGGGCUUAGCGUCGAACGAAUUGCGCUGGCGCAAUUCCGAUAGAACGAUUACAGUUUAAUUUGUUCGUUUGCACGAAAGAAAUUCGAGGAGAAAACAAAUAAUAGAGUAUAAAAUCGACGGAAAGAAAGUACCGUCGGUAAUUACAUUUCGUGGUCGUAAUUAUUUCGGAAGGUACCUAGUUGCACAGUUGUAUCGAAUCCAUACAUAUGUAUAAUCGCGAAUACCAGAACCGUCAAGGUUUUACUGCUUCACGAAGUGGUGGCCAUUGAAAUAUCUACAUUGAAGUUCCUCCGUCAUUCUAAUAGGACACUACGUUAAAGUAUCAAGGUAUAAUCAAUCACGAAAAGUGUCUCUUCCCGCACGAAAUGAUUCGAAAUCCUUCAGGCCUGACGAUUUAAAGUUCGACUGUCAGUGUACCAUUACGUAUAAACGAAACAGUUUUGUUCGUCUCGAAUUGUAUAUACGAAUGAUAUUAAGACUGU